GGUAAUAGAGCAUGAGAUAAUAUACACAUUCGAAGAUACAACCCGUUCAUCAGAGUGGCUUCAAGCACAGGCAGUUUCUCUGCACAAAUCGGUGCUGUGAACGAGUGAGCAGGCGCAAUGCCGUCAGAUACCGAACAUUCGCUCAGCCCCAUUGCCUGUGAGCCAUGCAGACAGAAGAAAUGCAAGUGCGAUCGCACCCUUCCAAUCUGCACGCAAUGCUCUCCUGAUCAAUCCAAAUGCGUCUAUCCAGAGAGCGGCAAGCGAGGACUGCCCCUCGGAUAUCUCAACCAGAUCGAGCAACGGCUGGCCGAUACCGAGCAAGCAUUGUUUGACGCUCUCACGACGAUGCGCGAGCUCAAUGGUUCUCACGGAGGAAUGGUGGUACAGGCCACGCGCAAGUCCGCCGAUACGCGCCCCAAGAACGCGCGCAUGCAAGAGUGGUCUCAGUUGCCAUUGAGCGACUGGACAGAGCGCGAACGGUGGCGGGAGGCAAAACGCGAUCAGUACCAGUGGACACGAACAGUCGUGGAAUCACCACCGAUGGUAGAAAUGCCGCAAGCGAAUGGGUAUGCGAUGCCACGAGGGAUCCUCACGGCCAGUCGUCCGAGCAGAAGCAGUGUUGGUACGGCGGAGUCGGAAUCGCCCGAGCGGCGGAGGUCAGAUCGAGCAGCGGAAGUCGCCCGGCGGCAUCCUUCGCUGUACUUUUGA